CAGAAAUCUCAUCAUGGAUCGAUCGAAAAGAAAUACCAUACUCCUCGUCGAGCAUUUCAUAUUACUUUAAGUUAGUAAUAAGGGGGAGUCGCGAUGGAUUUGAUCCUCAAAUAUUUUGGAAUAAGAGUCAUGAACAUACGAGUACAUUAAUAAUUUUAAAGGUGGAAGGAUCUGAGGAGAUUCUUGGUGGAUAUAAUCCUUUAACGUGGUAUAAGGAACGCGAAGGAGCUUAUCACACAAAUGAUA